AUGGUAACAGAAGUUUUACUUUUUAUUUUCAUGAUUCUCGGUUUGAUCAUGUACAUCGACUUUAAAAGACAAUUCGGCUUUUGGCAGAGAAAGAAGAUCGCUUUCCUUCCUCCAAGUUUUCCGAUGGGAAAUAUUUCGGAAAUUUUAAAAUCUAAAGUCCAUUUUGGUUAUAUCAUCCAAAAUAUUUACAAUCACAUGAAGUACUCGGGUGAUUAUUGUGGGAUUUUUUUUUCACGUAAUCCGGUGUUGUUAGUGCUUACUCCAGAGUUUGCGAAAACCGUACUGGUACGAGAUUUCUCAUAUUUUGAGGACCGUGGCGUUUAUUCUAACGAAUCUAUUGAUCCACUUGGAGCGAAUAUGUUUUUCCUUGAAGGUGAAAGAUGGAAGCGCAUAAGGUCGAAACUAAGCCCAUCAUUCUCAUCUGGAAAAUUGAAAACAAUGUUUCAUACAAUUUCUGACGUCGGACAAAAAUUCGUGAGCCACUUGAAACCUUUUGCAGAAUUAUCUCAAGAUAUUGAAGUUUAUGAUCUCUUUGCGCGUUACACGACUGAUUGCAUAAGUUCGUGUGCCUUUGGAUUCGAUGCAAAUUCUCUUAAAGACCCAAAAACUGAUUUUGUAAAGAUGGGAAAAAAAGUUCUUCAUUUUCCUAAACUGAAAGCUUUGAAAAUUUUCUUUGCAAUGGGAUUCCGUGAUAAAGCUAAAUCAUUAGGAAUUCGGUUUAAUGAUGAAGAUGUGCAAAAUUUCUUCUUGAAAAUGGUUCAUGAUACCAUUGAUUAUCGAAACAGAACAGGCUUUACACGAAAAGAUUUCGUUCAGCAAUUGAUGGAUUUAAUGAAUGAUAAUGUAGACGAAAGUGACAAGAUAACAUUUAAUGAAGUGGCGGCACAAAUUUUCGGGUUUUAUUUCGCAGGUUUUGAUUCUUCAUCUACAACUUUAGCAUUCACUCUUCAUUUUCUGGCGUACCAUUUAAAUGUUCAAGAAAAGGGCCGUAAAUGUAUAGCUAGUGCUCUAGAGAAGCAUAAUAAUGAGUGGUCUUAUGAUUUGAUUAUGGACAUGCCUUACAUUGAUGCCAUCAUAGAUGAAAGUUUAAGAAUUAAUCCACCAGUUCCUACCCUUCAUCGUAUUGUAACAAAAGAUUAUACGCUUCCCAACGGCGCUAGUCUCGAGACGGGAACGUUAGUUGUAAUACCAUCUCUUGCGUUUCAACGAGAUCCAGAUAUUUUUCCUGAUCCAUUAAAAUUUGAUCCCGAAAGAUUUUGUAAAAAAUCAAAGAACUUCCAUCCGUUUUCUUCAUUGCCGUUUGGUGGAGGCCCAAGAUAUUGUCUCGGUAUGAGACUUGGAUUGUUACAAAUAAAAUUAGCCAUUGCUUUAAUGAUCCACAAUUUCGAUAUUUUUCCAAGUGAAAAUUCAGUUUAUCCCAUCAAGAUUGAUCCCGCUACAUUGAUUCAUGCACCAGACGGACAAAAAAACAUAAAUUUCUUUGAUUAUUUGAACUUUAUUGACAUCGACAUGUCAAAACUCGUUCAUCGUGAUAUUUCUCCGUUUUUGCGAAGUGUUAGAAACUUCUUACUUGGCCGAAAACAUACAAACGCUCUUCGCUUUGAAGAUGACAUAGCAGCACGUACCCAACCACCACCGACAUUACCAGAUGGUCCAUCGCAUAGAUUUUCUGCAAAUUAUUAUUUGAGUCGUGAUCCACGACGUGAAGUGACCAAUCCAAAUGUAAUUUCGGCUCAAAAAUUGAUUCCUGAUGGUGUUAAAAGAACAAAACUUCCAACUCCAGGAACUAUCUACAAAUGGGAUGAACACUAAAUAUCUGUCAUUUGAAAGAAAUUCGUUAGAAUAAAAUUAUGUGAAAGAAAUUUCUUAUAAAUAUGAUAUUUAUGAAUAGUUGAAGAUUUUAGUUCAAUCCAUGGAUAAAUAAAUGAAUGUAUUCAAAUCAACUCAUUUAUGUAAAUAACUUUCGGUUCCGAAAUUUUUUAAAACAACACUCAAACUUCGAAUGACAAAUGAGAAAAAUGAAAAAUGACUGCACAUAAAAAUUUCAUAAAAUUAAUUAUACUUACUCCACUUCCAAUUGGGUCUAAAUU